CUGUCUCUUUAACUGCCAUCUCCUCUAGAACAAACGUCAAACCAUUCUUUGUUACACGAACCAGAAGACCAACGUUCACCAACCUCAAAUCCCACGUCCAAUUCAUGCAUUGAAACACAGAGGCCGCAUGCCCGGACGCCCAGAAAAGAAGAAAGAAAGCUCUCCUUCGAUUCGGCCCCGACCCUGCCAUGGCUCGCAUCAGCAACACCAUCGUCACGAUAUUAAACAUCGUCUCCGCCGUCCUAGCGCUCGUUGCCAUCGGCACGUCCGCCAAUUUAAUGGUGCGCAGCAGCACGGAAUGCCAAAAGUCCCUACAGAGCCCUCUCCUGAUGGCAGGCGUCGUCCUAUUGGUCAUCUCUUUGAUCGGACUCAUCGGAUCGUGCGGGCGGAGUAAUUUCUUCCUAUACACGUACUUGACCCUGCUGUUCUUGUCCAUCGUUGCGCUCAUCGCCUUCACGGUGUUUGCGUUCCUCGUGACGAACGAGAGCGCGGGGAAGGUGGUCUCGGGGCAAGGGUUUAAGGAGUACCGGUUAGGGGACUACUCGCAUUGGAUGCAGAAUAAUCUGGUGAAUGGGGAGAAAUGGAAUGGGAUUCGUAGCUGCUUGGUCGAGUCCAACCUUUGUGGGAGGCUCAGCGAAGACGUUCAUCAGACGGAGGCGGAGUUUUAUAAGCAGAAGUUGUCGCCCAUACAGUCCGGUUGUUGCAAGCCACCGAGUUAUUGCGGUUUCGAGUUCAAGAAUGCGACCUAUUGGACGGUUCCGAAAUCGGGCCCGGCAGUGCCCGACACCGAUUGUAUAACGUGGAGCAACGACCAGGAAACCUUGUGUUACGACUGCAAAUCAUGCAAAGGAGGAUUCCUAGCCAAUGGCAAAACGGAAUGGAGAGAUUUGCUGAUAUGCAAUGUUCUUCUCGUCGUCAUUUACAUGGUUGUCUACAGCGUCGGAUGCUGCGCUUCCAGGAACAAUCGCGAGGACCGCGUCUAUGCCAAGUACAGAGGCUAUCCUUGAAUUUGUGAUGCUUGAAGUUGUCCUGCUGGCUUAGAUGAUGAUCUUCCCGAAUCAACCUUACAACUCUUUUGGUUGAUUGGUUUUAGAUUGUCUAGUUAAUGAAGCUUUACAUAGACUUUAUUUACCUAUGAAAAUGUUUUCUUAAGCACUAGAGUUACUUGUUUAUGGCAAUGUAAAGAGUAUGAAUGUCUAGGAAGCCUGCACUAUAUUCUGCAAGUUAUUCAACUUGUCUUCCCUUAUCCGAUGCUAUUUCU